CCCACCAAGGCUGACUCAUGAGAACGCUUCCCAGAAGUGAGGUCAUGCAGUGCUGAAGAACUGCCAGCCAAGGGUCUGGAGAUUUUGGCAUGAUCACUAAUGGGCAAGGUGUUUGGGUUCCUAAAGAUUUGCCAAUCAGUCCUGGCUGAGUCUCAACAUUUCUCAGCAGACCCUGUUGAGAAGAAGCAAGAGAACAGCAACAUGAAGAAGAGGGAGAAGCUACCAAAACACUUGGAUGCCUGGAACUGCCCUCAGGGCCCAGUUGGUUUACACAACAUUGGACAGACCUGUUGCCUUAACUCCCUGAUCCAGGUAUUGAUUAUGAACAUGGGUUUCACCCAGAUACUAAAGAGGGUAACAGUACCAAGGAGAGUGGAAGAGCAGAGGAGAAAUGUCCCCUUCCAGUUGCUCUUACUGCUGGAGAAGAUGCAGGACAGUCGACAGAAAGCAGUGCGACCCAUGGAACUCGUCUACUGUCUCCAGAAGUACAAUGUACCAUUGUUUGUCCAGCAUGAUGCUGCUCAACUCUACUUCACAAUCUGGAACCUAAUUAAGGGCCAAAUCACUGAUGUGGACUUGGUAGAGAGACUGCAGGCCCUGUAUACAAUCCGAAUGAAGGAGUCCUUUAUUUGCCUUGAAUGUACCAUAGAGAGUAGCAGAAACAGCAGCAUGCUGACCCUCCCACUUUCUCUUUUUGAUAUAGACUCAAAGCCCCUGAAAACAGUGGAGGAUGCCCUUCACUGCUUCUUCCAGCCCAGGGAGUUGUCAAACAAGGACAGAUGUUUCUGUGAGAACUGUGGGAAGAAGACCCGUGGGAAACAGGUCUUGAAGCUGACGCAUUUGCCCCAGACCUUGACAAUCCACCUUAUGCGGUUUUCCAUCAGGAAUUCACGGACAGAAAAAAUCUGCCACUCACUGUAUUUCCCCCAGAGCUUGGAUUUAAAUCAGUUUCUUCUGACUGAUAACGACCUCUGCAAUGCUGAGUACCAGCUUGAAGGACUAUAUGAACUCUUUGCUGUGAUUGCCCAUGUGGGGAUGCCUGACUUUGGUCAUUACUGUGCCUAUAUCCGGAAUUCUGUAGAUGGAAAAUGGUUCUGUUUCAAUGAUUCCAGUGUUUGUUGGGUAUCCUGGGAAGAUAUCCAAUGUACCUAUGGAAAUCAUAACUGCCGCUGGCGGGAAACUGCCUACCUUCUGGUGUACAUGAAGACGGAGUCCUAAUGAAUGUAUCCUAAAUCUUUAGGAACUGACAAAGUAUCAUUUUCCUUGUCUAUUCCUGAAUUUGCUCUUUUAAAAAGAUUUUGCAAUGAGGAGAAGCACUGUUUUCAAAUUGUAUAAUUAAACUUUAUUUAUAAUCAGGGAUAAUUAUCAAAAGAUUUAAACAGUGACACUGCACAGGUCUAGAUCAGUCAGAAUGGAUAUUUCCAUCAGUUGACUCUGGCCACAUGGUUGGAACAGUGUCCUGUGUGUUCCCAGUUGUGUAAGACAUCAAGUGUUUAGUUGGGAGAUUGUGGGAGUCCAGAUGCUUUCAGGGGCAGAGAGACCUGGCCACCAAUGGUAGUGGGAAGUAUUCAGGUGGCAAGGGGCAAUGGUAGGGAAGUAUUUAAAUAUUUUACAACUUAGUAUGACUGUACUGGUUUGUAUUGACUGAAUAUAAUUUUUGUUUAUACUUUAAAAUUUUAUUUUUAAAACCCAUGUUAAUUUCAUAAACUCAAGUGACAAAUAUGUAUUGAUUACCCAGUCUUCAUAAGAAUGCAUGCUAGGCACAAUAAUGAAUAAAGUUUUUCUCUCAAAGGCAUUUGAAGUUUAAUGGACAGUGAUUAAAAUACAUAAGGUUUUUGGUAUAGGAAUUCAGAGUAAAGGGAAAUCACUUCCAUUGUGGAGCCAUGGGAGAAGACUUCAGGAUGGAAAAAGGCUUAGGAUGGAAGACAAUGCAUUUAUAGGGAAAAGCAUACUCAAUGGCAUGGUUGAAAAAGGCAAGGCUCAAGGUUGAGAAAUUGCCUAUCAACCUUGCUUCGAAAGAAGAAAGCAAGUGAUAAUAAUGGCAGGUAUGUGGGGCUCUGAAUGUAGAGGAUCUUGAACUGAACUAAGAAGUUAAUAACUUAAUUUUAAGUUAUCUUUAUUGUUGAAUGUAUUACAGAUAUCCCCUUUUCCCCCCAUUGACCUC